ACUAUUUUCGCCAACCAAGUCGAAUUGGAAAGGAAGAUGGCUGAAUUGGCCCGCAAGAAAACUUUAAAAAACCUAAUCCAAAGUUCAGAUUUAGAAAAGACCCGAAAAGACCCAAUAAAUAAAUUACUGAGUGAAUAUGCCGGUAAAUUUCGUGCUUUGGUUCGCCUAAAAAUAGAACAAGAAAACUACAUUAAUAGUUUAAUUUUAGAAAAUAAUAGAAAACAAAAUUCAUUAUUCGAUUUCGAAGCUAAUGAUUCCGAAUAUUCCGAUUCUUCAUUUACUUUGUUUGAAACACCAAGUCCGAUUGAAAUACCAGCCAAACUGGAAGAAUUUUCAACACCCCAUGAUG